CUCUUUCUCUCCUUCUUUCUCUCUCUCUAUCUUCCCUCACGCUUAUGUAAACUUCCGUUUCUAAUAACCAACCUAGAAGAAAACAUUAAUCAACUCGCUUAACAUCAAAUGGUGAUUGUUCAAGUCCACUGGUUAUUAACAGUCAGACAAAACUUGCUGAAGCAGAUUUUCGGUGUUUGGAAGCCUUUCUUGUCACCAACCCUUACCUCAAGAGAUGGUACAGCAGUUGGUGCAGCUAUGCUAGGCAAGGAGAUUCUGUACCUGUAUUUUCCAGGUGUUGUGAUUGAUCUCAAAGCACUUCAGUCUUAGUAAAUACUCUAAUAAAUAUCAUUGUAACUAUUGUUGUCGUUCAUAUUGGUUUCAGUGCCAAAUAUGGCCCUUCUGUCAUUCGGUAUAAUCACGGACAUUCAGUAUGCGGACAGAGAAGACGGCUACGACUUCUUCAAAAUCCAGAAACGGUAUUUUCGUGCCUCGUUGGAACAGACAAACAAAGCUAUCGACCACUGGAUGCAGUCCGACAACGAGGUGUCAUUUAUCCUACAGCUUGGUGACCUCUUGGAUGGCUACAACAAACGGAACAACCAAAGAGAUAGUGCUUUAGCAUGCAUGAAAAAAGCAUUUUCUAAAUUCCCCAGAAAUAUCUAUCAUGUUUGGGGAAAUCAUGAAUUCUAUAAUUUUACCCAUGAAGAACUUCUCAACUCUAUACUGAACAGUUCUUUAAAUAAGAAUUGUGAAAAUAUUCCUGGUAGAGGCUAUUAUUCUUUCACACCACACAAGUCCUUGAAAUUCCUUAUCCUUGAUUGUUAUGCUGUCAAUGUGAUUGACAAGAUGAGUCUAAAUUACCAAGAGGCAAAGGAAAUAUUUAAAGUGAACCCAAACAAAGACAUCAAUAGUUCAGAUGGUCUUGAUGAUUCCACGUGCAUGGUUGUUGCAUAUAAUGGUGCCAUCGGAAAAGCCCAGAUGGAAUGGAUAUCUGCAUCUCUGCAACAGGCUGAAAAACUGCAUCAAAACGUUGUGAUCUGUGGCCACUGUCCAGUUUACAUCAAAUCUUGCAACAUUAAAAGCCUCUGCUGGGAUUACGCUGCCAUCCUCAAGUUGAUCUCCAGCUACAACUGCGUACUGGCUUAUUUUGCCGGACACGAGCACCAGGGCGGCUUUGCCAUCGAUCCUAAAGGUAUCUACCACAUCACAUUCCCUGGAGUUAUCGAAACCUCACCGGACACUAGUUGCUUUGCCACAGUCGAAUUACACCCACGCACAUUACAGGUAUGGGGUCAAGGCAAAAUCCAGAACUAUUCUAUACCUCUUCGAUAUGAAGUUAAAACAUAGCUCCUCUCCCCACCACCUCCCUACCUCCCCCCUACUCUCAAAUAGCAAAAAUGUACAGACUAAUAAAGAUUUAUUUAAAAGUUCUUUCCAAUACAUUCCAUGCA